GCUCCAAGACAUUCAUCGUUCUAUGCCUUGCGCUGUAGUGGUGGAUCCCAUCCAUCCCCAUGUGCGUGUGUGUGUGUGUUUAUAUGCACACACACACACGAGUCCAUCAAAAACUUUAUGCACAAUUUGUUAUGAUCAGCUCUUUCCUUCCUUCCUGAUACAGUGAUACUAGCACUAUUUGAACAUAUACAAUUAGUAAAAUUGUUGCCCAGGCUUUCCUCUUUAAUCACUAUUGACACUACACAGACAGAACACACUCCUCUCUCUCUCCUGCCGUCCCUCCCUCCCUCUCUCCCCUAGCUAGUUACUCCACUCUUUCUGUCUGCACAGCAGCUCAUCUGCAAUGUAUUGUACCACACUACCAGUUCUUCCAUAAUUCCUACCUCCAUGGCUCCACCUCGCGUUUGUCAUGCAUCAGCAGGGUCGGUGGUAAUAGUUGUGUGCCUCCUGCUCUACGGUGCUGCUGCUGCUGCUGCUGCUGCUUCUUCUUCUCCUUCUUCAGCUGCUGAUGUGAUGAGGCUGAGGAAGCACCACAACAGCGGCAGCGGUAGGAAACAGGCAAAAAAAGGACUCAUCAUCCAAGCAAACCUGUCAAGCUGUGCGUUGUUCCAGGGAGCAUGGGUACGGGAUGACACGUACCCGAUGUACCAAUCCUCCGACUGCGCAGCCAUCAUCGACCCUGAAUUCAACUGCCAGGCCUAUGGUCGCCCCGACUCUGACUACCUCAAGUACAGAUGGAAGCCACUCAACUGUGAACUCCCGAGGUUCAAUGGGAUGGAGUUCUUGAGGAGGAUGAGGGGGAAGAGUGUGAUGUUUGUGGGGGACUCGCUGGGCAGGAAUCAGUGGGAGUCUCUCAUCUGCAUGAUAUCUGCGGCUGCACCUUCUCGCUCCCCCACCCAGAUCCUCCGCGGCGACCCUCUCUCCACCUUCGUGUUCUUGGGGCUGGGCUGGCAGGAGUACGGAGUGUCGAUAUCAUUUUACAGAGCGCCAUACUUGGUGGACGUAGAUGGGGUGCAAGGCAAGAGGGUCCUGAAGCUCGAGGAUAUCUCCCGGAAUGCCAAGUCCUGGCUGACUGCCGAUGUCUUGUCAUUCAACACCGGCCACUGGUGGACUCACAAAGGCUCACUUCAAGGAUGGGAUGUAAUGGAGAUGGGGGGGACUUACUUCGAAGACAUGGAUCGGCUGGUGGCGCUGGAGAGAGGGUUGAGGACAUGGUCCAACUGGGUCGACUCCAACCUCGACCCCACCCGAACCUCUGUCUUCUUCCAGUCCAUUUCCCCCACACAUUACAAUCCGAGCGAGUGGAGCGCCGGGACGACUGCUACGGCUACCAAGAACUGUUAUGGAGAGACCGUACCGGUGAGUGGAAGCACCUAUCCCGGGGCAUAUCCUCAGCAAAUGAAGGUGCUUAGUUCAGUAAUCAAGGACAUGAAGACACCCACCUACUUGCUGGACAUAACGAUGUUGUCGGCCCUGAGGAAGGAUGGCCACCCCUCCAUCUACAGUGGAGACCUUACGCCGGAGCAGAGGUCUAAUCCUGACCGUUCUUCUGACUGCAGCCACUGGUGCCUCCCCGGCUUGCCUGAUACCUGGAACCAGCUCUUCUAUACUGCAGUCUUGCUGUGAUCGAUCUGUCACUUCGCUGUUGUAAAUUAAAUUCGAUUUUUCUUUUUCCCCCUACUUCGAAUCACUGUAAGUCACUACACCCCCGACUCUUCUCCCCCCCUAUGGCCGGCUACGAUAGGUCAAUAUUAAUAUUAUUGUUUGCCAACAAAGACAAAUUAAGAUUUAUUAGGAACAACACAGCAGCAUAUACAGUUCUCAAUUUGUAACUAUCCGCAGCAAUCAUAUCAUUUCUGUAUGUA